CAACAUGGUAUUUUGGUUACUAGGUAACGGUAAACUGUACAUGGAAGUGUCCAAUCAGAGAACAGAACGGGGCCUGCUUGCAAACUUCUGUGUUGACAAAUAUUUUGAUAAUUUUGUAUUUAGCUAGUUAACGUUAUAUUACCUACUUUGGGAUGGAGUUUUGAUAUGGCUUCUUUACAAAAUGCUGACCCGGCGUUGAGGGAAUAUAUACUGAAGCAUUCCUUGACCCAGAUAUUUCAGGCAUUAUUAACAGGUUUAUGUGUGUCGUGUCCUGAAAGUCCAUUACAUUUUCUGGAAAGGAAGAUUGUGUCUAUUCAGGAAAACCGGGACACUGCUGAGAUUGAUUGGCAUACAUGUGUUGAUGAUCCGGAACAAGUCGCCGUGACCUCACUGGCAGGAAGCAUGGUGCAUGACAUCUUUGGGAAACGAGAUGAUACACUGUUUCUCUCCCAUUUGUUUGAGAAGGCCUACUCCUGUUACAGAAUACGUUUAACAAAUAUGUGCUUCAAGGCGUGGAAAAGGUUCAUCUGGAAUAAGCGGAAGGAGGCCAGGGAGUUGACGCUGAAGAUGGAGACAGCUGAGAGGCACUACAUACAGAGGGGCCUGAGGGUCGCACUGUGCAAGUGGGUGGAGUGGGUACAGGUCUGCAAGAGAAGGCAGAACGAUGCCAUGAAGAAGAUCCAGCGAGUGUGGAAUGCUAUCCACUGUAAGAUUGUCAUAAGUGCUUGA